CUUAGAGUUGAAGAAAUAGAGCUAUUAAUAAAUUAAAGCAUUCAUUCAUUUCAUUAGGGAUGUCUACUCUAAGUAACUCCAAUCCUGAAACCAAGCAAAGAAAUCUGGCAGAUUAUCACCCUAACAUUUGGGGGGAAUAUUUCAUUCAAUAUGCUUCAGAAUCUAUGGAACUUGAUCAGAAUAUUGUAACACAAAUUGAUACACUUAAAAGUCAUGUAAGAAAUAUGCUUGUUGCAAAAUCAGAGAAACCUUUUGAGAAAGUUAAACUGAUUGAUUCAAUAUGCCGUUUGGGUUUGAGUUAUCAUUUUGAAAAAGAGAUUGAUGAAGUUCUGCAACAUAUCCACAAAAGUUAUGUUGAAAAUGGAGAAAUAAUUCUUGAAGACAACCUUUUUUCUCUUGCUGUGCUAUUUAGGGUGUUGAGGCAACAUGGAUUUUACGUUUCACCAAAUGUGUUCACCAAGUUUAAAGAUGAGCAAGGAAACUUUAACGAAACACUUAUCAUGGAUGUCGAAGGGAUGUUAAGCUUGUAUGAAGCCUCACAUUUGAUUGUUCAUGGAGAAGACAUUUUGGAAGAGGCAUUGGCUUUUACUUCCACGCACCUUGAGUUCAUUGCUACCGAAUCGAGCCAUUCUCUUGCAGCACAAGUCAAAUAUGCUUUAAGGCAGGCUCUCCACAAGAGCUUGCCUAGGCUAGAGGCACGACGGUACAUUUCUAUCUAUGAGCAAGAUCCUUCCCAUGAUGAAAUACUACUCACUUUCUCUAAAUUAGAUUUCAAUUUGCUCCAAAGCCUACAUCAAAAAGAAUUUGGAAACAUUUCCAAAUGGUGGAAGGAAUUGGAUUUUUCUAGCAAACUACCUUAUGCACGAGACAGAAUUGUGGAAUGUUGCUUUUGGACUUUGACCGUAUAUUUUGAGCCGCAAUAUUCUCGAGCAAGGAAAAUGUUACCGAAAAUAAACGUCAUGUUAUCACUCAUUGAUGAUACAUAUGAUUCAUAUGGAACCAUUGAUGAACUUGAACGUUUUACCGAGGCAAUUGAAAGGUGGGAUGUUAUCGUCUCGGAUGAUCUUCCAGAUUACAUGAAAUUACUUUAUAAAUCGUUCUGGAACGUUUACGAAGAAAUAGAGCAAGCAAUGAUCGAAGAAGGAAGGGAGUACAUCCUCAACUACUACAAAAAAGAAUUUAAAAAGGCAGUCCAAGCCUAUAUGACUGAGGCUAGAUGGUUGAACGAAAACUAUAUACCAACAACAGAAGAGUACAUGCGCGUAUCAAGAACAUCAUGUUGUUACAGUUUGCUAAUAUUAGCUUCUUACAUUGGCAUGGGAGACAAAGUCACUGAAAACAUUUUCAAAUGGGUAACAAAUGAGCCAAAAAUUGUUAAUGGUGCUGCAAAUAUAUGUAGGCUAAUGGAUGAAAUUGUGUCCACUGAGUUUGAACAAAAAAGGGGACAUGUUUGCUCAUUGUUGGAUUGUUAUAAAAAGCAUCAUGGUAUGUCUAGGGAAGCUGGUAUUCAAGAAUGCCAAAAAGGAGUUGCAAUAGCUUGGAAAGAUAUAAACAGAGAUUGUCUUAGGCCAACCGAAGUUCCAAUGGAUUUUCUAACUCGCGCUCUCAAUUUUUCGCGUUUUAUGGAUGUGUUUUACACAGAUAAAGAUAACUACACACAUGCUGAAGGACUGAUGAAAACAUACAUUAAAAACGUGAUGGUGGAUCCAAUUCCAAUUUAAGCAUCGAUGUUUAUGUCUUUGCGUGCUUUAUUUAUAUUUCGAGUUUCAAAUUUGAAUAAAGGAAACUUAGUGCUUCCAAUGUGAAGAACCUAAAAAAAUGGAUCAAAGGUGGAUCCUCACUCUUUUAAAGUUAAAAGCUGUUUGGUAAAUUAUUGUUGUAAAAUUUGAAAUUAUUAUCAAUUGGCAGAAUAAAUUAUUUGUUGGGUCCUUAUAAAGGGGUCCCAAAAAAAAUAUAUUAUGAGUUUUUCGUU